UACAUGUAAACACAGCGAAUAGAGAUAAGAGUUUUCCCUCCGUUGUCUAUCUUUCCUUUGAGAGGAAUCUCAUGCCUUGUAUUAAAGAUUUCACUUGCCGUUAUUCCACACUUUCUUUUGUGGAUCCUCGGCCAACCUUUAUAGCUGCCUUACAACCACCAGAGAGCCUUUCUGCUCUCUCCAACUUUCGCCGAUGGUGGAAAAGCUAGCGGAGGAGGAGCUUCUCAGAGCAAAUCCUCUGCAGAAACCAAUUCCUGGGUCUCACCUCUGAAUCUCCAAAGAAAAAGAAGAAAUGGGCAAAAAUAAAUGUUCAUCUGCACGCAGCGAGAUACAGAAGCUCAUCGGAUACACAUUCAAGAACCCAGAUCUCCUGGACGAGGCAAGAACCCAUGGGUCCUCUAACCGAAGCCUGAAUUACCACCGGCUGGAGUUCCUCGGAGAUGCAGUCAUCAGUUGUUUGAUUGCUACCGUGCUUGUGGAGUCCGACGGAGGGAGGGAGCUCAAUCAAGGCCAACUCACACUCCUACGGAAGGAUAUCGUUGACAACGAGAAGUUGGCGUGCGUCUGCAUCUUUCAUGACCUGAACAAAUACCUGAUUCACAACGAAAAGAAAUUCCAUAGCAGAUUCAAAGAAUUCAAACGAGAACUUCGUGAUAAUCCGGAGCGUGAUCAAUGGAGGGGGCUUGUCAGUGAACUAAAGGUUCUUGCAGAUCUCGUUGAAUCGCUUAUUGGAGCUGUUUUCCUGGAUAGUGACUACUCUCUCGAGAAAGCAUGGAAGGUGUUUGUGAAGCUUCUGAAGCCACUGAUCAAUCCAGACAAAGUACGAAGGGAUCCAAAGACAAUGCUUAAGGAGCUUUGUGAGCGGAUGGGAUGGAAGGAACCCUAUUAUGAUUACAGUGUGUGGGAAAAGAGAGGCAUAGUUCGUGUUAGAGUGAAUGGCUUUCCACCGUUUGAAAGUGGGAAACGCUGCUCCAACAAAGAUGUGGCCAUUGCCCGUGCUGCAAAGGCUGCUUUAGAGUCAAACAGCCUCAAAGAGUACUCAACUUCAAUCUUCCUACAAGAAUCAGAAACAAUAAGGAUAGUAUUGAAAGCCCUCAAAGAGAAAGACACAUUUUACAGCUCCAAAACUAGCUAGUCAUCUUCUUUUCUUGGCUUUUUUAUACUUUGAAGGAGUGAGACAUCAAAGUUUGGCUUGUGAAAAAUAAUAAGUGUUGAUGCUAAAGAAUGUGUUCUGUGUGAAGAUACACCAUAUUUGAUUAUCUCUUUGGCAAUAAAUUUCAAGUUAUCC